AUGGAUCAACGAGAGCAGCCUCGGAAAAACUCCAAGCGGCCUGCCCUUUCGCCCAGCUACGGAACUUCUACCGAAGCCGUCUCCCUCCUGUCGCGCCCCCAGCGUCGGACCAACGUCGGCUCCGCCCAAACCAAAAACCGACCAUCUACCAUGGUCAGAGGCAUCCCAAAGACUCCAACAAAUGGUGAGCCAACCCCUCGCCCAACGACCGCCAUCCAACCACAAUUUCGAGAGCCGCCCCCCAGCACGGCCACAAGCCAGUUCUCUCCGGUCAGCAACGAGGAGCUGGCAAUCCAGGAAGCUGAAGCCGCCUACAACUGGUGGGAGGUCGCCACAGAUGAUGAGGUCCUCGUCAUGGCCUCCCCGGAAGCGCUCACCCCGCGAGCGCCCACCCCACCUCGUCCCAGGCCCGCUCCUACGCCUCCACUUCUGAGCCCCAUUCUCAUCGACUGCUCCAGCCCGUCUCCGGAUGCAGACUCCGCGGAAACAGUACGGCCCUCGCCACCGGCGAACUCCCCGCGAGAACACUCUCCUCCGGCACCAAGGCGUGUCCUUCUACAUAAUAAAGCCGUUCAAACGCCGCUGGAAUUUAUUUUUAGCCUAUUUAACGGAUAUCAGGAAAAAAACAUUAAGAAAAAAAGACGUAGAUCCAUGCGCCGCGCCAGUAGGCGCCAAAGAGUGGAUGAACAACCGCUCCACCCUUGGUCUCACCGCCACGCUGGGAGCUUCACUCCGAGGCGUAGGCACCCUCACCCGCAAUCACCCCCGCGGCAUCCUCGAGCGACCCCAUCUCCGCGGCGCCGUCCUAACCGCGACAACCCCGGCCACCGUUAG